CAACUCCCGCCAUUUAAGUAGACUUAGGUAGGAGAUUCAAAACUCAGAGGAGGAAGGCCUGUGAAUUGUUAACCGUAGUUUAUUUCUUCCAGUAUCAGACGUAAGUGUACAAAACGAGUUCUCUCUGUCGUUUCUUUACGCUCAAUUUUUUUGUAAGUUCAAGAUAAUUGAGAGACCCAUAUAACGAGGACUUAGACAGGCCAUUCAGGAUGAAUUUCAGUUUGGUAAGGACAGGAGGCUUGAUGGCCUGUGUUAGUCCUGGCAAUGGUGGUCUCUCAGUUGAUCCAACUUUCUUUUGAAAGAGUCGACGGAUGGGGCUCCAAUCACGUGCUGAGGUAAUGAAUUCCACUCGAUGCUGCGCUGGGAAAGUCGAUAGUCAGCUGACAAGUAAUUUGUUCUGGGCUUGUGAACUUUUUUGGAGUGUCCUUGUAAAUUCUCUGUUUUGGAAGACAACAAAAACGAGGAUUGUUUCGUUAUCAACUGGGUUCGUCAUAUUCGUUUGUCAUCUGACGUGGAUAGCUUUCAGCCCGAUCUAUGUGACAAUAAUGCAACAGUCCCACAGAUUUAACAAGCUGGAUGCAUUUGUAAAUAUAAGUAAGCACUAAAACCAACUUUUCGCCUGGAUAAAAAGACCUUAAUUUUAUGUCAUAUUGAUCUCAAGCUGCACUUAUGUACUAAGCGCCCCUUGGACUAUCGAACGGACAUUCAUUGAAUGUACUUUUUGAGUCACCGGUUCCCAAAUUCCACCAGGUCAUUAGUUUAAAUUCCUUAGCAGGUCUUAAUUUUCACCGAGAAAAGUGCCGAGUUACUAACACAUAGAUGCGCCAUAGUCAUAGGCUGGAUUGUAUAUCAUGAUGGAGCUGACGAUCAAUAUCUGUCUCUAAUUUUAAAGAGAAGCAUGACACACACAGUUUGCACUCAACUAAAACCUUCACUGUCUGUUCGGACUCGUGCUCUAACAAACAAGUCCCACACUAGGUUGGCCAAUAAACUGUCGUUGUUAUCUGAUUCUUUGAAUCUGCGUCAUCGGAACAGGAAUGUAGAAAGAAGAAAUCACUUCAAGCAUCGUCAUGUUUUCUUAAAUAGGGAUGAUUGUUUACCUGACCCCAAAUCGCCUGUAGAAGACAACGGUCUCAAAGAACAGUCUGUGAUCAAUUCAAUCCAAGAUACCUCUGCUUCUUCUGUUUCAUCUACUUCCUGUGGGUCUAGUAGUAUGUCCUCUGUUUGUAAGUGGAAGGGUUGUGGGUGUAUUGAUAUUGAAAGGACUCAGUUGAUCAAUCACAUUCAACAAAUUCAUGUCGUCCCACAGUUAUCCAGUCGGCGAAAAUAUUUUAGUUGUUUGUGGCAGGAUUGUCGUGUGUUUGGAAGACCUAGUGUUUCGGCUGCGUGGCUGGAACAACAUAUACUUCAUCAUACGGAUGCCAAAGGAAAACCAUUUAGAUGCAUUUUCGAUGCAUGCACAUUACGAUUUUCUACUUCCACAUUGUUAGAACGUCAUGUUCAACGGACACAUAUGCGCACAAAUCGUAUCAAUAGUGAUUCCUUACCCAAAGUAUCUCUAACUGACAAGAACAUACUUUGUCAGCCACAUUCAGAAGAAAUAACUAAUUUACAAAAUCCAUUAAAGAAAUGUACUUCGCUAUCUACCAAAAAAAAUUUGCGCAAACGUAAGAAAACGCGAACUUACCGAGUUCGUCGCUUGGAUUUUUAUGAUUACAGAAGUCAAAUACUGGUUAAAAACAAGUUGAAAAUUUCAUAUCUUCUAAAUAAGGAGCUCACAACAAAAAAUAAUCAUGAACGAUCUCGCAUUUUACCACUGAGUUUUUGCAAGUUACCUUUGAAACUUUAUGACAAAUCUACAAAUCCGCGUGCUCGUCCCAAUGUUAAUCCACCAAAUAUCAUGGUUAGUAAAGAAUCGACCCUACCAUCAUUGUUGAGGCAUACAAAAGAUGUUCAUCAGCACAUAUCAUUGCUGUUGACAACUCCUCAUACGUUUGUUGGUCGACGUAUUUCUCUGGAUCAUCGAUGUGAAUUUCUCGUACGCUGGAUUAGCGGUUCUGGACAUAGUGUUAUCCCACCUACUUGGAUGUUCGAAGAGGAACUUAAUGUGGCAGCUCAUUUGGAAAGCAUUUUGUGAAAUGUGCAAUAAUGUGAUCUCGUUUCAUGCGGCAACAACCCGACGGUUUAUUGCUGCAUUUUGCUGUUAGUUCCAAUUGAUGGACAGCAACAUACGGGCUUUCGAUCCUCUGUUGUAUUCAUCUAAUAUGUUGCACUCAGCUGUGAAAACUGUCUGUAUCGUUUUGACCAACUUACUUUAUCAGUUCUUGUUUGUUAGUGUUUAUUUAUUUACUUCCCCUCAGUCUUCAUGUUCGUCUAGCUUACCUACUUACUAACUUAAUUGUUUAUAUUUGUGAUCAUGUAUGAUACAUUUUUGCUUUUGCUCAAUCUAGGUGGCACAUACGUAUUUAUUAUGUUAGGAUUUUCCCAAACAUUUCUCACCUUAUAGGCUUUCUUUGAAAUAUACGUGAUGUAAUUCCUUAUAACUCUGAGCUUGAUUUCGGUUACUGAAGGUUGAGUCAGGACAAGAUUUGUCAAAUAUAUAUUCUGAAUAGCAUGGUACAGAAACAAUCAAAGCGUCUACGACCCCACCGAUUGUUCCUUUCAAUGUCGUGAAAAUUAGACGUCGAUUUCUGUAGGGUUAGAAUGCUCUUCCCAUCACCCACACCACGAAAUAUUGAAAAACAUAGUAUUUCACCAUGUGAGUUAUUCACAUUGGAUUUUCUUAAAUGAGUUCUCUGUUUGUAUUCUUAC